GCAGGAGCCCGCGGUCGCGCCGGACGAGCCCUGCGGUGAAUAUGGCACUGAUGGGGAAGACCUCUGAUGGGACCCUCAGUAGCUCCAGACCAGACCAGUGGCAUACAGCUUUUCCUCAGAAGGAUGAAAUCAUCACCAGCUUAGUAUCUGCCUUAGAUUCAAUGUGUUCAGCACUUUCCAAACUAAAUGCCGAAGUAGCCUGCGUUGCUGUUCAUGAUGAAAGUACCUUUGUUGUUGGCACAGAGAAGGGGAGAAUGUUUAUGAACUCAAGGAAAGAGCUGCAAACAGAUUUUCAGAAGUUCUGCCGAGGUCAGCAGAGGAAAGAGCAGGACGCAGAUAUCCAGAAGAAGGCAAAGGACUGUGGCCGGAGCAUAAUCCGGGUUUCCCCGGAUCAGGGAUCAGACGUUUACCUCCUCAGGAAGAUGGUAGAGGAAGUGUUUGAUGUGCUUUAUAGUGAAGCCAUAGGGAAGAGCAGCGUGGUGCCCCUGCCAUAUGAGAAGUUCCUAAAAGAGCCAGGAUUGCUGUUGGUUGCUGGCUUGCCGGAGGGGAUCAGCUUUAAAAAGCCGACGGAGUACGAUGUGAAAUCUCUGAUGGCGAUUUUAGAGCACAGCCAUAGCAUCCGGUUCAGGCUAAAAAGGCCAGCGGAUGAAUCCAGCAGAGAGCCGAACCCUAACGUAGAGUUGAAUUGUACCUCCCUAGCAUCCAAGGGCAGUCGGGAUUCCUGUCUAAAUAACCAGAUCACUAAACCAGCCAAUCAAGACUGUCCCUCCAGUGUAGCCAUGACCAAUUUCUUAUAUGGUGUCUCGCUGCCUACGCAGAUCACCAUGGACCUAAAGCAGGAGGUGUCUUCCAGUCUGCACGGGGCGAAUGCAACCACCGAGAUUUUGAUGCCCAGGCCCUCAGGAGAUCUGAAGGUGCCUUCCUCACAGGAGUACAGCGACUGCUGUGGACAGAAAUCAUCAGUCUCUGGUGGGCCGCUCAUCCAGAACGUGCAUUCAUCCAAGCGUAUCCUCUUCUCCAUAGUCCACGACAAAACAGAUAAAUGGGACAGUUUUAUAAAAGAAACCGAAGAUAUCAACACCCUUAGGGAGUGCGUGCAAAUUCUGUUUAACAGUAGAUAUGCUGAAGCUUUAGGUUUGGACCACAUGGUUCCUGUGCCAUACCGGAAGAUUGCCUGUGACCCAGAGGCAGUAGAAAUAAUUGGGAUCCCUGAUAAAAUACCAUUCAAACGACCCUGUACCUACGGUGUCCCCAAACUCAAAAGAAUACUGGAGGAAAGACACAACAUCCACUUUGUCAUUAAAAGGAUGUUUGAUGAGAGGAUUUUUACAGCUGUGGAACUGGGACCAGGAAGUAAAUUUACCAAAGAUCCAACCAAGCUGGAGCCGUCCAGUCCAUCCGGGGAAAUCUCUCCAGAACCACACCGAAUGGCCAUUCUGGACCUGGCAGGGACUUCGCAGGCUAACAACAGGUCAGAGAAGUGUAGCAUAUCCGAAAGCUGCGAACCAGGUACCUCAGGAGAACUGAGUGGGAUCCGACAAAUCAAAAUAGAGCCAGAUGAGCUGGACAUCAUUCAGAUCACCGUGCCAGACCGGUCGCCCAGUUCCGAUGAAAUCCAUGAGCCCGUGACCAGCCACCUGACUUCAAGUGAUUCCAACUACAUGCUAGAAGCAGUAACAGGUACAGAUAAGGGGACCACUGAGGAUCUACGACAUGAAGACAAGCAGAUGGAAGAUGGAAUAGGGGAUGUCUUAAGUCAUUUGAGGAAACAAGUUGAAAUUUUGUUCAACACAAGAUACGCUAAAGCCAUAGGAAUUUCAGAGCCUGUGAAAGUCCCCUAUUCCAAGUUCCUGAUGCAUCCAGAAGACCUCUUUGUCGUGGGCUUGCCUGAAGGCAUCUUACUCCGACGUCCUAACUGCUUUGGGAUUGCAAAGCUGAAAAAGAUAUUGCAAGCUAGCAACAACAUCCAGUUUGUCAUUAAAAGACCAGAACUUCUUGCGGAGGGAAUUAAGGAGACUGCUUCUGACAGCCCAGGAGCCAAAGCAGCCAGCGAGAGGGACUCCAGUGACUCCCUGGUGGAUGAGGCUGCGAAAAGGCAGGGCUUUCAAGAAAAUUAUGAUGCCAGGCUUUCCAGAAUAGAUAUUGCUAACACACUAAGGGAACAAGUCCAGGAUCUGUUCAAUAAGAAAUAUGGUGAGGCCUUGGGGAUCAAGUACCCAGUACAAGUGCCAUACAAGCGGAUUAAAAGCAAUCCCGGGUCAGUGAUUAUCGAGGGGCUGCCUCCUGGAAUCCCGUUCAGGAAACCAUGCACCUUUGGCUCCCAGAACCUGGAGCGAAUAUUAGCCGUGGCUGAUAAAAUCAAGUUCACUGUAACAAGGCCUUUUCAAGGACUCAUCCCCAAACCUGUGUCCUCACAAGUAUCAGAAGCCCCUAGACGGAUAACAUCAUUGGAAAAAGCGUACGCAGCUUUGAAUGACGAGGACGACGCAAACAGGCUCGGAGAGAAGGUGAUUCUCCGAGAGCAAGUGAAGGAGCUUUUCAAUGAAAAAUACGGAGAAGCUUUGGGCUUGAACCGGCCAGUCAUGGUGCCAUACAAAUUGAUCAGGGACAGUCCUGAUGCUGUUGAAGUUACUGGUCUGCCAGAUGAUAUCCCUUUUAGAAACCCCAACACCUAUGACAUCCAUCGGCUGGAGAAAAUCCUAAAAGCUCGGGAGAAUAUCCGGAUGGUCGUUAUAAACCAGCUUCAGCCGUUUGCUGAAAUAUGCACCGAGGCCAAACAGACAGGUGAGCUCAAUGCCCAGAUUGCCAGCUGUGCUCCCGUUGCAGCAGAGUGAAACAGGCUGUGGCUAAAAAUCCAAACAGAGCAGGCCUACUUGAUAGAUAUCUGUCUUCCUAAUCUUUAAUUGUCCCCAUUUGAUCUUCCGGUGGGGGCCUGGGACAAGGCCUGGGAUCCACUGAAGGAGGAAAACACACAGGCUCAGCUUCUCUGCGGUAGCUUUCAUGAUGCCGUUUGUGUGGAAGCAAAAGAGAUGCUAUUGUUUCAGGCAGAGAUUUGCAGUCUCCUAGGGGACUGGAUGGCCCUGUUCCCAUUACAUUCAGUGGCAGUUGCCAACUACAGCUUAUAAGACAGCUUUGAAAAUCUCAGCCCUAAUUUCUUUUUAAAUAUCCUAAGAUCGGAUCACUGUGCGUGAGAGGAAUCCGAGUCCCAGCUCACUGUGAUAAAAUGGCAGUGUAACUGGCACUCAUUAUCAUGCCAGUUAAUGGUCUCAGCAGGAAGCUGAGAAUCAAAAAAGCUUGGAGAGCGUUGUGACUUCUGGUGACUUCAGAGGGGUCUUGUGUGUAAAGAGAGGUCUUGGGUCCACCUGUGACAAGGGAAAACAGCAUCCAGGGACGGGUUAGGGGCUCGCUGCCUGUCACAUGGGUGAUCUGGGUAAAGGAAGAAGACAUUCUGGCCAGAGAGUAAAAGAAAAGGGUGUGAAUCAUUUUUCCCUGGCUGGUGGAGGCAGGGAGAAGGCCUCUGGAGCAGUAGACAGAGUUGGUUGGUGGAGUUACUCCACAUUUCAUUAAACCAACAAAUUGUUCUUACAGGCCAGGGUCCUAAAUCAGCUUGGAGAGAGGGAGGGGUGGGAAGAGGGUGUUUGCUUCCCCUCCUGAGCCCUUCCGUAUACCCCCACUUUUCCCCCUUCC